UCCGAUUCAGAUCAACCAGGAGGUUUGCAGCACUCAAUAGUUUCAGCAAGCGUCUGUUUUUGCUUUGCAAAGUCAACCAAAUUUUACAAUGAAGGCUUUCGUGUUGGGAUCAGUGCUGCUCAUGGCUGCGGUCUGCUCCGGAUCGUACAUUCCUGCCGAUACCCCUGAAGUCGCCGCUGCCAAGGCUGCUCAUUUCGCUGCCCACGCCCACGUCGCUGCAGGUGCCGGUCCAGUUGGCCACCAUUGGGAUCACUAUGAUGCACCAGCUCAGAAAUGGCACGGACCCAUCCACAUCCCGGUGAUCCACAAGGGUGUCCCAGUUGAAACCCCAGAAGUUCAGCACGCCAAGGCUUUCCACGCUGCCGCUUACGCUAAGGUUUCCUCCGGAUAUGCUCACCAUGCCCCCGCUGAUUAUGUCCAUGCCCCAGCCCACCACGAAGCCGGAGCCUGGCAUGGACCUCAGCACAUCCCAGUGAUCCACAACGGUGUCCCAGUUGAAACCCCAGAGGUCCAGCACGCCAAGGCCUUCCACCUGAAUGCACUGCAUAACGCUGGUGCGCACUCCGGAUCAGCUCAAUGGGCUGCUCAAGGGCAUGGACAUGAGGAUGAUGGCUCCUACAAGCCACACUUGUACGAGGCCGAGCACUAUUAAGACACAUUUCCACGAAUGCCAAACAACCUUAGGAACUAUCCAAAUGCAACAUUUUCAUCACUCUGUCCAUGCCU